AUGGAUUACCCCGUUGACGUUGGUAUCCUCGCGUCUUACUUUGGUUUCAUUGCCCUUUUGCUAUGGCGUAUUUCUCCAACUCUUUUUCAAGCUUUUCAACAUAAACAACACGUUGGCUCUCUCAUCUUUGGCAUUGGAGCUCUCUUGUCUCUACUCGCGACAUGGACCUACAUGAUCAAGUAUUUUAUUUACAGCUACAACGAAUGGCAAGCUGGAACGCGUGAAUCCUUCUCGUUGAAUGCCGUUUCCCAUUGGCUCCACAGCGUCUCCCUCUUUGACGAUGCUUGGCGAACUGUCAGUUUGGGUGAUUGGCCUUGGCUCUUUAGUCAUCGACUAUGUCUCUUUACAGUGGGCACUUGGACACCUUUCCUUGCAUUGGAAGGCUCUCGUCGUCAUAUUCCAUACGCCUGGGCAUUCAUGUUGCUUGGACAAGUGGUUGCCAUCUCGACAUCAAGUGCACUCUUCUUUGCAGUGGUCUUGGCUUAUGGUAAAACGGAUCGUGCAUCGCUUCCAUCACCUGUUGUUCUUUUGGUGUGCGUUUGGGUUGGCAUGGCAACUGUUGUGGCAUCUCCUUUUGUGGCCGAUACAAUCUGGUUCUUGCCCAAUCUACUUGUCAUGCAUGGUGUGCUCAUUAUCCCUCUCUUUGAACUAUUCACUGGCAAAUUCAAACUCGGCCAUACUCAACGCUCCAUCGCCAUCACCGCUAUCUACAUCACUGCUGCCGCUUGCAGUUUUGCUGUCACCCUCCAACAUUGGUUUACUUGCUUACGUGGUCUCGUGGAUACGGAUCAACCCUUGUCAUCGGUCCCCUGGUUCCUCAUUGCCACCUUCUUCCGUCACCCUGCACAAUCCAGUAUCAGCUCAGAUGUGGUCGCUGUUGAUCUCUUAUGCAGCCUUUGGAUGGUGGUGGAUCGCAUGAGAUAUAAUGGAAAAAUCCCAAAGUGGACCGUGGCAUUGAUGUUGCUUACACCAAGUCUAUCAGCAUCGGUCACUUUUCCCGUUUUCUUGGCUGCAAUCGAGUAUCAGGAUACAUUGAUGGAUAAGAACAAAAGCACAUAG